AUGGGGACGGUCUACGACUCGAGGACCUUUCUUCACGAUGCGUCCUACCCAUCAAUGACGGAAAUGGAUCCCGACCACGACCACGACCACCACAAUCACCACGAUCACCAUGACCACCAUGACCACCAUGGCCACCACGACCACGACCGGACGGUGGACAACGACGGAGCCGAUCGCUUUGGCGAAACCGAUGUCGCCGAACUUGCAAACUAUCACACCGCGGCGCCGUCUUCACUCCUUCCCUCGGAGCGCACGUCGUUGGACCAGGCUGCCGAAGAAGCUCGGUCGAUGCUGCUUUCCGAUGCCUCUCGCCUGAAUCUUUCUGCGUCACCUCCCUCUGUCAAUGUUAUGCCCGCUUUGGCGCCUGAACUGGCCAAGGCGGCCGAAGACGCGGUCGCGGCCGCCGUGAGCCUGGGGACGGAUCUCGCCGCCCAACUUGACCCUUCUCUUGGCUCUACAACCCUCCCUCCUUCGGCCGUGGCAAUGGCGGGGAUGGUGGAUUUGAUGGCAGCCAAGCCAAUUCUCGCCUCGCGCGGUAGAGCAACCCCGGCGGCGGCGCGACUCAAGCUUAUCCCCAAACCCGAGCGGAAAGUGGCUCGAGGCGUUGGUGGUAGGUUUUAUUGCUCGGUGGCGGGAUGUGCGGAGGCCACGGAAGGCUUCAAGCGGCGUUGCGAAUGGAAGCACGAACGAGAAGUGCACGGUAAACACGGUGGACCGAAGAAGACUCUCAAUUGUCCGUACCAAAACUGCAAGCGGUACAACGGCAAGGGCUUCUCUAGGCAAGAAAACCUCAAUGAGCAUCUGCGCCGGCGAGCGAGGGGGCAUAAGCGCAAGCGGUCACUCGCGGACGUGGUGGAUAGAAUUGACGUAGACUUUGACCUCCUCGAGGAAGUGAAGCGUCUGCGUCAAGAAAACCUAGAGCUCCGGGAGCUGCUGGAGCAGCACCGCGAAACCCAGAUAACCAUGGUGGCUCAGAUUGCCGAUCUGCAGGGCGCGUUGCAGCUCAACGGUGCGAACCUAAGCACGGCCGCGUAA